AUGACAGCUGAUAUAGCUAUAGGUACAAGCUGGUGGCGGCUGCAUGCAGGUUUGGGCAUCUUGCACGAUGCUAUCAACCAGCCUAACGGCGCAUGCCUCCCCUCCAUUGAGGCCCCUUGGCUGUCAGAUACCAUGAUCCACUGGACAAGGAGCUGCUUCGGGCUCAUUCUCAUCAGCGACGCAAUUUUCAGAGUAGGUGGGCGCGAUACACUAUGCAGCCUUUGCGCGAUCCCGAUUCUCGAACUGGAUUAG